AUGGAAACCCAGAAGGAUGAUGGCGUGAGGAGUCCGAGGCCUUGGCCAGGGCCAGCGGCGCUGAGGACGCGGAGCGUCGCCACUGGCUACGCGGCUGGUGACGUGGAUGAGCCGGAGCUUCUGGACCCAGAAAGUCUCGACGGCGCCUUGCAGAGCGAGGAGAGCGCCGUGAGGUGGCUAAAUGACCUGCUGGAUGUCGACCACAAAGGUCUAAAUGCGGUCUCCUUUGCGAUCGCUUGCCUCACACUGGCCGGCGUGCUUGGUUGGGCGCUAUACACCGCCUAUGGCCUGGCGGCCAUGCCCUUCGACUGGCUCAGGGGCAAGCAGUCGCCAUCUGAGCAGCGACAUGAUGUGGAGAUGAGCAUCGCCAGCAUCCGAGAAGCUUCGCUGUUAGUUGCUGUGGGUGGGAUACGCGUGACGGGCGAGGAGUAA